CUUUCUCUUCUACUUCACAGACUUCCUCUGCAACAUAUAUAACCUAUUACACUUGGCACUCAUACAAUUCAGUGACCCACCAAAAAUGGCCUCUUGGAAGAAGACUAUCACAACCCCAUUCAAAAAAGCCCGCACUUUCUUCAAUCAUCAGCCUCCAAGGGAAUCUCCAAACAAGUCUCAGUCAGAGCAAGAGAACAGAGGAAUGGAUCUUCAAGGUGAAGUCAUGGCUUGUGGUUAUGAAGAUGUCCAAGUGAUGUGGUCUAUUCUGGACAAGUCCAAAUCUAAUACCUCCUGCAAUAUCAGCACUUCCUGAUCUAUUUGAUGAUCCUACGCAGAAGAACAGAUUCCCACCAAGCAAUUAGCAGAUGUUUUAGUGUGCUGAUGUUUAGGUCAUAGAUUGCAUCAUACCAUCUUUUCUAAGCUAGCUACUUAUAUAACUAGCUUUGGAAUGUGAUAUGAAUAAACUUUUCUCUGUAAAAAUAGGGAGCAAAUAAAAGAAAAGAGAAGGAUGAUGUUCUGGUGUUCUUGGGGUACGCGGCAGUUUCUGUCUGUAUUUUCCGUUAGGAUGUUUACAAUAGGGAAUCCCCAUGAUUGACAAGCAAAAAUCAUGGUGAGAUUUUUGUUUUUUAAUGAAAGCUAGAUUUUUUUUUCAUUUAAA